AUUAUCGGAUAUCAUUCUUAAAGCAUGGGAAUUAAGUUAAAAAUACAAGAAAUAGUACCUGAAGUGAGCGACCAAAAAGUGGAGGCGUAAGUCGAAGAUUUUUACAGUGCUUGGAACUGUAGAUCUCUGCUUAUCUGCCAAAUUUUCUCAAGCAGAGAGCUACAGAUCUGCAGCUAGGAAGACAGGUGUCAAUCAAGAGUUGGCCUCUGAACAUGUGAGUGUUAUGAAGUAAUAGGGUUGUUUAUGAAGAACUGGGAUGAGAAAGAUGAAAGUGGACAGUGUUCGUCAGACCGCGACAAAGAUGACGCUAAGUUUGUUUGUCAACAUAUCGGGAUUCCAUUCCAUGAAGUGAAUUUUGUUAAAGAAUAUUGGAAUGAUGUAUUUAGUCCAUUCCUUAAGGAAUACCAAACUGGCAGUGUGCCAAAUCCUGACAUUGUGUGUAACCGACUGAUCAAGUUUGGUGUAUUUCUGAGGUAUGCCCAGACACAGUUCUCUGCCGAUGCUGUCGCUACAGGACACUAUGCUAGGACUUCAGUGGGAGAAAAUCUACUCUCAGGAGAGUCUAAUCAUGGUGUGAAGUUAUUGAAAGCUGUAGAUUCCUGGAAGGAUCAGACAUAUUUCCUGUCACAGAUUCCCCAGAAGGCUUUACAGAGAGCACUGUUUCCUCUUGGGGGUCUUCUGAAAUCAGAGGUCAAGCAGAUAGCUUCAGAAAUAGGUCUCCAGAAGAUUGCCAGGAAAAAAGAGAGUAUGGGUAUUUGUUUUGUUGGCAAAAGAAAAUUUCCCUCAUUUAUAGGAGAGUACAUUGAACCAAAACCGGGUAAUAUCAUCAAUGUAGAGACUGGAGAAGUAGUGGGGACUCAUCAUGGCAUUCAUCAUUACACUUUAGGACAGAAGCUUAUUCAUGUUAACCAUGGCCGCUUUGGAAAAUGUUUUAUUGUGGAUAAGGACAGAAUUACUCAGGAUGUAAUCAUUGCCCCAGGAACCAAUCACCCAGCAUUAUUUAAUCAGGAAUUCUAUACAACAUUACCUUACUGGAUACACCAGGAACCAGAUGGCUUUAGUGAAGGGAGAAGCUGUGUUCUGGAGUGUCGGUUCCAGCGGACAUAUGUACCUGUUACCUGUAUAGUAACCAGGUGUGAUAAAGACCAAGUGAGGGUGACACUGAAUGAACCAAUGCGUGCUAUCACCCCGGGACAAUACGCUGUGUUUUACCAUGGGGAGGAGUGUCUAGGGAGUGGGGUCAUAAAUACGAGGGGCCCAUCUGUAUAUGAGCUUCAGCAAAAUAAGGAAAGGAAACAAAAUAUAAAAGUUUCUUAGUGCUUAGUGUUGGAUUAGAAUAAUUUUUUAAGGUAUUGUUAGCUAAUUUUUUGCUAUUGUUUGAUAUUUGCAUUGUUUGUUUCUAAUGCUCUUUUACUUUUUAACCUGUUUCAUACUGCUUAUUUUAUAGAUCUGUAUCUGUUUUGAGUGAAGAUUUGAAGCAGUAAAUACAUAGAAAGAGAUAUACGUAUGUUAAAUAGGGAGCACCUACACAUCAAACAUUAUCUUCUUGGUAAUUGUUUUGAUGCAAAAUGUAGUCUAUGUCCCAGUAGAUCAUUAUUGUUUUAUUUUUGAAUUGGAAGUUACAUUGUCUACAAA